AUGAGGGUAUCCAGUAUCUCCGUGAUUACCUUCAUCUGCCCCUGGAGAUUGUGCCUGCCACCCUACGCCGCAGCCAUCCAGGGACUGGCAGGCCUUGGUCUAAAGGUCUGGAAGGGCUCAGUUGCCUGGAGUCCGUUCAGCCCAUCCCCCAGUUCACUUUGCUUGUGGGAUCUCCCCAUUGCUCCUGCCCCUGGACUGACUGGCAGGCCAUCCUACAAGCACCCGGACACUUGGCAUCAGUGGUGUCAAGACAACUCUAAGAAGGUUUUCUGUGAUCCUGCAAGACCUGUGUUCCUUCCCGGUGAUUCUGCCUUCAAUUCGAUUGCACAGGUACCACAGCAAGCCAGUGCUGUGUGCCCCGAAUUCCAGGGCGUCCUCCAGCUCAGCCACUACACUGAGCACAAGGAAUCUCUGUGGGACCCAGGAGCAGGUAGCCACCCAUUUGGGGCCCACAACACCUGGCUGUCCCCAGACUUGUGGCCAGGGAAGAUAGUAUUGAGGGACCUCAAGGAGAGCGGGGCAGGGAUGCCUGAGCAGGACAAGGACCCUAGAGUCCAAGAGAAUCUGGACGAUCAGAGAAGGGUCCCCGAGGUCACCGGGGAUGCACGGUCUGCAUUUCGGCCCCUGUGGGACAACGGAGGCCUCUCUCCCUUUGUGCCCAGGCCCGGGACUCUGCAGAGAGACCUCCAUGCCCAGAGGUCAGAAGUCAGAUAUAACCAGAGAUCCCAGACCCCUUGGACGAGCUCGUGCCCCGAACAAAAUGCCAUCUCGAGCUCCCACAGCUCUACGGGAGGCCUCCCGGGGCUAAAGCAGAGGAGGGGGCCAGCCUCAUCCCACUGCCAGCUGGCCCUCAGUUCCUCAAAGACAGUGAGUGAGGACGGACCUCAGGCUGUCUCUUCGGGUCACACCCAGUGUGAAAAGACGGCAGAUAUAGCACCAGGGCAGACACUGGCCCUCAGGAAUGGCUCCCCCAGAUCCCAGGCCUCUAGGCCCCGUAAACGCAAGCUUCCCCUGCCGCCACGCAGGCAAGAGGAUCCUCUGAUGCUGCCACCUCCCUUAGAGCUGGGAUUCCGGGUCACUGCCAAAGACCUGGACCUGGAGAAGGAGGCGGCAUUCCAGCGCAUCAACAGUGAACUGCGGGCUGAGGCCAAGGCCAUCUCGGACUGUAGACACUCACGGCCUUCCCACACUUUGUCCUCACUUGCAACAUGGGUUUCUGGUGUGCCCGCUGCCUCUAAAGCACCCAGUAUGGAUGCACAGCAGGAGAGACACAAGUCCCAAGACGGCCUGGGCCCAGUGGCCUCCCUAGCUUCUGCUGCAGAGGUCCCCUCUACAGCUCCUGUGUCUGGGAAGAAGCACAGACCACCAGGCCCCCUGUUCUCCUCAUCAGAUCCCCUUCCUGCCACCUCUUCCCACUCCCGGGACUCAGCCCAGGUCACCUCGCUGAUUCCUGCCCGCUUCCCAGCUGCAAGCAUGGAUGCGGGCAUCAGAAGAACAAGGCCUGGCACUUCUGCUCCUGCAGCUGCCGCAGCAGCCCCUCCCCCCUCCAUAUUGAACCCCACAUCGGGGUCACUACUGAUGGAGUGGAUGGAGGCCCUUCACAUUUCUGGGCCGCAGCCACGGCUGAAGCAGGUGCCCAGAGGUCAGGUCAGAUAUAACCGGAGAUCCCAGACCUCCUGUACGAGCUCGUGCACCAAGCGAAAUGCCAUCUCGAGUUCCUACAGCUCUACGGGAGGUCUCCCGGGGCUAAAGCGGAUGAGGGGGCCAGCUUCAUCCCACUGCCAGCUGACCCUCAGUUCCUCAAAGACAGUGAGUGAGGACGGACCUCAGGCUGUCUCUUCGGGUCACACCCACUGUGAAAAGACGGCAGAUGUAGCACCAGGGCAGACACUCACCACCAGGAAUGGCUCCCCCAGAUCCCAGGCCGACAGGCCGCGUAGACGCAAGUUUCCCCUGCUGCCACGCAGGCGAGGGGAGCCUUUGAUGCUGCCACCUCCUUUGGAGCUGGGUUUCCGGGUCACUGCUGAAGAUCUGGACCUGGAGAAGGAGGCGGCAUUCCAGCGCAUCAACAGUGAACUGCGGGCUGAGGCCAAGGCCAUCUCGGACUGUACACCCUCACGGCCUUCCCACACUUUGUCCUCACUUGCAACAGGGGCUUCUUGUGUGCCCACUGUCUCUAAAGCACCCAGUAGGGAUGCACAGCAGGAGAGACACAAGUCCCAAGACCACCUGGGCCCAGUGGCCCCCCUAGCUUCUGCUGCAGGGGCCCCCUCUACAGCUCCUGUGUUUGGCAGGGAGCACAGUCCACCAGGCCCCCUCACGUUCUCCUCCUCAUAUCCCCCUCCUACGACCUUUUUCUACUAAUGGUACUUCUGGUACUCAGCCCAGGUCAUGUGGCAGAUUCCUUCCCCCUUCCCAGCUGCAAGCAUGGACGGAAGCAUGAGAAGCCCACAGCCUGGCACUUCUGGAGCCAGUUGCAGCCCUACAGCCGCACCCACGGUAAUUCGGAUUAGAGUCGGAUCCACGUCUGCAUUCCGUCAGAAGAAAAUCUUUAAGAUAAAGGACCAAAGGAAAUAGGGCAUGAGGGGGCCUGAACACCCAGGGGGCCCCCCAGGCAGAGCACUUCCAUGGUGACCGUGGGACCUGGCACGGGGAGCAACUCUGUUGGGUGGCACUUCUGUCUUUACUUUCCAUCACAUCCCUGGGGGACCAUUUAAACCAACACCUGCAAUUGCAAGUCGGGGAUCCAGUGCCACUGCAAACAAGGCAGGCUUCACGUGCAAGUCUGGGCCGGCCUCUGACCCUAGCAACUCCACUUCCCGCAUAGGCACAGCAAGGAGGAACCUGGCUUCUAAGGCUCCCUCAUGCGCUGUCAGGAGUUCUGCUGGACACAGGUCCAAUGCGCCAUCCUCCAGCUCAUCCUUCUCCACGUCGGGCUUUUGAGCCCAUCAUAAAAUCCAAUAAAUUCCUAGAGUGAGGUCCAGAAGAGUUGUGUCUAUGUUUCCUUCCAAUAUUUUUGUAGUUUCGUACCUUAACAUUCACAUUUCCAUCUUGAAUCUAUCUCGAGGUGAUUUUUCUAUAUGCUGAGAGAUAAGGGUCCAGUUUCAUUCUUCUGCAUGUGGCUAUCCAACCCUCCCAGUGCCAUUCAUUGAAGAGGGUGUCCUUUCCCCAGUGUGUGUUUCUGUCGGCUCUGUCAAAGAUCAAUUGGCUGUGAAUAUGUGUCUGUCUUUCUGGGUUCUCUCAUCUGUCCCAUUGAUCUAAGUGUCUAGUUUUAUGCUAGGAUUAUACUAUUUUGGUUACUAUGCACUUGUCAAAAAUUUUGUAGUCUAAUUUGCAGUGAAAUGGGAUGCCUCUAGUUUUGUUGUUUUUGCUGAGCAUGACUUUGGGUCUUUGAGCUCUUUUUUGGUUCUUUUUUAUGAAUUUUAGGACUUUCCAGUUCCGUGAGUGAUGACAUUGGUAUUUUGGUAGGGGUUGUAUUGAAUCUCUAGACUGCUUCGGGCAGUAUGGUCAUUUUAAUGCUAUGAAUUCCUUCCACGAGCAUGAAAUGAUUGUCCAUUUCUUUGUGUCCUCUUAAACAUUUUCAUCAGCGUUUUGUAGUUUUCCU